GCGCGCCCGUGCAAUGCUCCGGGGGUGCAACGGGGCCGGGGGGCCCGAGCGGGACUUGCAGCAAUCCAGGGGGCCAGCACCGGGGGCGGAUGAGGGGACGAGGGGGUGGGAGGUGGGGGGAGUGGGCACGGAGGCGCGCAUGCAGCCGCCGGCGGCCCCUGGGUGGGCGGCGAGCGCCGGGGCCCCCGGAGCUCGCGCGAGGGGCACGAGGGGCCGUCCACCGGGCUGGGGGGCAGCGGGCGCUGGAGGGGUUGGUGCCCGGGGUCCCCGCGGCCUGGGGGACAAAGGGGGAGCGGCGCGUGCAGCCGGGAGGAGGGGGCGGGGCCGGGGCGCGGAGGCCCCGCCCCCUCCCCCUCCUCUCCUCUCGGCCCCAGAGAUGCGGGGUCUGCCGAGAGGGCGGGGGUUGAUGCGGGCCCGGGGGAGGGGGCGUGCAGCCCCUCCGGGCAGUCGAGGCCGAGGAAGGGGGGGUCCCCACCGAGGAAGAGGUAGGCCCCGGAGCCUACUGUCUCUUCCCAGGGCCCAGGCGUCCUGGGCCCCCCAACUCCCAGCCGGGCUGACUAGCCCACCGGUUCCUUGUCUCCCCUCUCAGGGGGAGGCCCCCGCUGAGAUGGGGGCGCUGCUGCUGGAGAAGGAGCCCCGGGGAGCCGCGGAGAGAGUUCAUGGCUCUUUGGGGGACCCCCCUCACGGUGAGGAGACCCUGCCCAAGGCCACCCCAGACUCCUUGGAGCCUGUUGGCCCCUCAUCUCCGGCCUCAGUCACUGUUACCGUCGGCGACGAAGGGGCUGACACCCCCGUGGGAGCGACGCCGCUCAUUGGGGACGAGCCGGAGAAUCUGGAGGGAGAUGGGGGCCGAAUCCUGUUGGGCCAUGCCACAAAGUCAUUCCCCUCUUCUCCCAGCAAGGGGGGUACUUGUCCCAGCCGGGCCAAAAUGUCAAUGACAGGAGCCGGAAAGUCGCCUCCUUCGGUCCAGAGUUUAGCUAUGAGGCUGCUGAGCCUGCCGGGGUCCCAGGGAACUGCAGCGGGGCCUGAACCUCCACCUCCUCCUCCACCACCUCCACCAGCUACCACCAACCCCGAGGGGCAGCCCAAGGUUCACCGAGCCAGGAAAACCAUGGCCAAACCAGGAAAUGGGCAGCCCCCAGUCCCUGAGAAGCGGCCCCCAGAAGUGCAGCAUUUCCGCAUGAGCGAUGACGUGCAUUCCCUGGGGAAGGUGACUUCAGAGGUGGCCAAAAGGAGGAAGCUGAGCUCUGCAGGUGGCCUGUCAGAGGAGUUGAAUUCUGCACGGGGUUCCGGAGAAGUGUCCCUGGACAAGGGGCACCCCAGGUCCCUGGAGGAGUGGGAAACAGUGGUAGGCGAUGACUUCAGUCUCUACUACGACUCCUACUCUGUGGACGAGCGCGUGGAUUCUGACAGUAAGUCUGAAGUUGAAGCUCUGGCUGAGCAACUGAGUGAAGAGGAGGAGGAGGAGGAAGAGGAAGAGGAGGAAGAAGAGGAGGAGGAGGAGGAAGAAGAGGAAGAGGAGGAAGAUGAGGAGUCAGGCAAUCAGUCAGAUAGAAGUGGCUCUAGUGGCAGGCGCAAGGCCAAGAAGAAAUGGCGGAAGGACAGCCCAUGGGUGAAGCCCUCUCGGAAACGUCGGAAGCGGGAGCCUCCUCGAGCCAAGGAGCUGCGAGGAGUGAAUGGUGUGGGCUCCUCAGGCCCCAGUGAGUACAUGGAAGUCCCUCUGGGGUCCCUGGAGCUGCCCAGCGAGGGGACCCUCUCCCCCAACCACGCUGGGGUGUCUAAUGACACGUCUUCGCUGGAGACGGAGCGCGGCUUUGAGGAGCUGCCCCUCUGCAGCUGCCGCAUGGAGGCGCCCAAGAUCGACCGGAUCAGCGAGCGGGCAGGGCACAAGUGCAUGGCCACCGAGAGUGUAGACGGAGAGCUGUCGGGCUGCAAUGCCGCCAUCCUCAAACGGGAAACCAUGCGGCCCUCCAGCCGUGUGGCCCUGAUGGUGCUCUGUGAGACCCACCGUGCCCGCAUGGUCAAACACCACUGCUGCCCAGGCUGUGGCUACUUCUGCACAGCAGGUACCUUUCUGGAAUGUCACCCAGACUUCCGGGUGGCCCACCGCUUCCACAAGGCUUGUGUGUCCCAGCUCAAUGGGAUGGUCUUCUGUCCACACUGUGGAGAAGACGCUUCAGAUGCCCAGGAGGUGACCAUCCCACGGGGUGAUGGGGGAACCCCCCCAGCUGGAAUGGUAGCCCCCGCACCCCCACCCCUGGCACAGGACGCCCCAGGGAGAGCAGAUACUUCGCAGCCCAGCGCUCGGAUGAGAGGGCAUGGAGAGCCCCGACGCCCACCCUGUGACCCCCUGGCUGACACCAUCGACAGCUCAGGCCCUUCUCUCACCUUGCCCAAUGGGGGCUGUCUCUCGGCUGUGGGACUGCCCCCUGGGCCAGGUCGGGAGGCCCUGGAGAAGGCCCUGGUCAUCCAGGAGUCGGAAAGCCCGCUUCCUGCCCCUCCCUCCCCCGGCAGGCGAAAGAAGCUCCGCUUCCACCCCCGGCAGCUGUACCUGUCGGUGAAGCAGGGGGAGCUGCAGAAGGUGAUCCUGAUGCUGUUGGACAACCUGGACCCCAACUUCCAGAGCGACCAGCAGAGCAAGCGCACGGCCCUGCAUGCAGCCGCCCAGAAGGGCUCUUUGGAAAUCUGCCAUGUGUUGCUGCAGGCUGGCGCCAACAUCAACGCAGUGGAUAAGCAGCAGCGGACGCCCCUGAUGGAGGCCGUGGUGAACAACCACCUGGACGUGGCACGCUACAUGGUGCAGCGCGGUGGCUGUGUCUACAGCAAGGAGGAGGAUGGUUCCACCUGCCUCCACCACGCAGCCAAAAUCGGGAACCUGGAGAUGGUCAGCCUGCUGCUGAGCACAGGACAGGUGGACGUCAAUGCCCAGGACAGCGGAGGGUGGACCCCCAUCAUCUGGGCGGCAGAGCACAAGCACAUCGAUGUGAUUCGCAUGCUUCUCACACGGGGUGCCGAUGUCACCCUCACCGACAAUGAGGAAAACAUCUGCCUGCACUGGGCCUCCUUCACGGGCAGCGCUGCCAUUGCUGAGGUCCUGUUGAAUGCUCGCUGUGACCUGCAUGCUGUCAACUACCACGGGGACACACCCCUGCACAUCGCUGCUCGGGAGAGCUACCACGACUGCGUGCUGUUGUUCUUGUCACGUGGGGCCAACCCUGAGCUGCGGAACAAAGAGGGGGACACAGCGUGGGACCUGACCCCCGAGCGCUCUGACGUGUGGUUUGCACUUCAGCUCAACCGCAAGCUGCGGCUUGGUGUGGGAAACCGGGCCAUCCGCACUGAGAAGAUCAUCUGCCGGGAUGUGGCUCGGGGCUAUGAGAACGUGCCGAUUCCCUGUGUGAAUGGUGUGGAUGGAGAGCCCUGCCCUGAGGAUUACAAGUACAUCUCAGAGAACUGUGAGACAUCCACCAUGAACAUCGACCGGAAUAUCACCCACCUGCAGCACUGCACGUGUGUGGAUGAUUGUUCCAGCUCCAACUGCCUGUGUGGCCAACUCAGCAUCCGCUGCUGGUACGACAAGGAUGGGCGGCUGCUCCAGGAAUUUAACAAGAUCGAGCCCCCCCUGAUCUUUGAGUGUAACCAGGCCUGCUCCUGCUGGAGAAACUGCAAGAACCGCGUAGUGCAGAGUGGCAUCAAGGUUCGACUGCAGCUCUACCGGACAGCCAAGAUGGGCUGGGGGGUCCGCGCCCUGCAGACAAUCCCCCAGGGGACUUUCAUUUGCGAGUACGUCGGGGAGCUGAUCUCCGACGCUGAGGCCGAUGUCAGAGAGGAUGAUUCCUACCUCUUCGACUUAGACAACAAGGAUGGAGAGGUGUACUGCAUCGAUGCUCGUUACUAUGGCAACAUCAGCCGCUUCAUCAACCACCUGUGUGAUCCCAACAUCAUCCCCGUCCGUGUCUUCAUGCUGCACCAAGACCUGCGAUUUCCACGCAUUGCCUUCUUCAGUUCCCGAGACAUUCGGACUGGGGAGGAGCUAGGGUUUGACUAUGGUGACCGCUUUUGGGACAUUAAAAGCAAAUACUUCACCUGUCAGUGUGGCUCUGAGAAGUGCAAGCACUCCGCCGAGGCCAUUGCCCUGGAGCAGAGCCGGCUUGCCCGCCUGGACCCCCACCCUGAGCUCCUGCCAGAGCUGGGCUCCCUGCCCCCGGUCAACACCUGAACAUGGACCACACCCUCCCUUCUCCGACCACGGUGGGCCACCAGCUCAGCAGCUCCCUGCUCCUCUCGCACAGCCCCCAGCCUGGGGCACUGCUACUUUGUCCACUGCCCUUUACACAUUUACACAUUCCUCGACCGGAGACCCCAGCCAGGCCCUGGAGGUCUGCAAGCCCCUCAUCGGAAGCUGGCUCCGCCCUGAGAGAGGCUCCGGGGCUGGCCACCCUCAUCCCUCAUGGUAGUUAGUUUGGUGAAUUAAGAUUGGGCCUCUGUGCCAACUGGUUUUCUUUGUUCUCAAUAAAUGUUGGGUUUGGUAA